AUGGCCGCGGCUGUAUCCGGGACGAAGAGGUCCUUUGCUUUCAUGACAGGAGAUGGAUCCGCAGCCUCUCUCACUCCAGUGAGAGACUACCGUCCUUCGGCUUCACCUUCAAGAACUCCGUUGCGACUGGAGAGGGGACGGUCUACAGGAUGGGAAGACAAUGGAUCCCGAGCCAGUAGUAGCCCACCCACGCCAUUACCGACGCAGGCAGCAGAGACAUUGCCUCGGUCGUUCGACCAGGAUGCCUCAAUCGUGCUUGUCGGUGUUCGUGGAACAGGCAAAUCUACUCUCGCUGUCAUCGCAUCUGCAGCCUUCCAGAGACGCGUCGUGGACACCGACUAUGCCUUCCAGGAGACGACCGGCCACUCGAGCGCGGCAUACAGGAAGAUGUUUGGCGUUGCAGAACACAACAGGCAGCAGCAAGAAGUUUUCCGCUCUGUGCUUUCAAAGCAUAGCAAGAAUUGCGUGAUUGUCUGCAACACUGGAUCGAUGGAGCGCAGCGGACAAGCUCUUCUAAAAGAGUACGCGAAAACACACCCUAUCAUACAUGUUGUGAGGGACUCAAAGGGCAUACGUGAUUACCUAAAAGUCCCAGAACAAAGUAGGGUUACGGAUCUCUUGAAAGUCAGUGGAGCUAUUUUCAGAGGUUGUUCGAACUUUGAGUUUUAUAACCUCUCUGAAGUCAAUCAGAGCGCCAAGGCGGUGCCGGUAGAAGCAGGCGGUGACCCGUCCGCCCGCGAUCUGGCGUCUGGCCAGAGGUCACCCACACCUUUCCUCACUUUGAAGAGAGCAGAAAAACACUUUCUCAAGUUCAUUACCCUGGUGACUGCGAAAGCCAAAAUGCCUUCUUUGGAGUCGGCAUUUCCCCUGUCUCAGGUGCCGACCGAAGCGCGGCAGUAUACUUAUGCUGUGUGCGCGCCAGUCUCAGUUCUCUCGACUGAGGACCUUGAUGUUGAGGAUGUGGAAGUUGGUGCCGAUGCGUUUGAACUAGUCGUGGACGACCUUUUAAACAUGAGCAAUGGUGCCUCGAAACCGAUGUCAGCCAGGCUUGAUCACAUUAGCAUGGCUUUCUCUCGUGUGAGGAGGAACACGAUUGUACCUGUCAUCUAUCACACUAGCAUAACAGACGCCGCCAUCGAGUCCGUACGCUCCGCAUACCUCGAUUUCGUCCGCCAGGGCCUACGGCUAGCCCCAGAGUUUGCGACCGUCGAUCUUUCCUUGAGCGACGAUGUCAUCUCCCAAAUCGUCAGCGUAAGAGGGCCCACUCGAAUAAUCGGUCACCUGUCUCUUUACGGCGAGGAUGCUCCCGGGUGGGACGAUGCGUUCUGGUCAACAUCCUAUGAACGAGCCGCCAGACUAGGGUGCGAUCUGGUCCGGCUGUUGAGACCUGCCAGGACGAUGGAGGACAAUGUUGCGGUUCAACGCUUUCGCGAGAAGAUGGCCCUGGGUCGUUUUCGAUUGCCCUUGAUUGCGUACAACACCGGCUAUCGUGGCCGACAUUCCGCCUUCCUGAACCCUACCUUAACGCGGGUCACACAUACUAAAUUGCAAAAGAGGUUGCAAAAGGUUCAAGAGCCUGACAAAGAUAUCCACGGAUACUACCGGGAAAGACACCCAUGUAUCACUGCGAAGGAGGCCACCGAAGCCCUUUACGCCGCUUUCGUAUUCGAUCCAAUGCGUCUGUAUAUCGUAGGGGCAGCGUCAGGCUACAGCUUAUCUCCGGCUAUGCACAACGCUUCCUACAAGGCUUGUGGGAUGCCGCACCACUACGAGACUCAUCAAGCUCCGACGCUCAGCAACCUAAGGGCUCUAGUACACGAUCCGCAUUUUGGAGGAGCAGCUAUCGCCUUGCCGUUCAAAAUCGAGGUGAUAGCGAUCACACAUUCGCUCAGCCGUCACGCUAGGGCCAUUGGCGCUGUCAACACGCUUAUACCAGUGCGACACCUCUCACCUGACGGAAGCAUCCCAGAUGAUAUCAGCUUAAUUCGCGAACGCAAUCAAGCCGGGCCUGUCAAGGCACUCUAUGGCGAGAACACAGAUUGGAUUGGAAUAAGAGCUUGUGUACGCCGAGGACUAUCGCCUGCAAACGCCGUUCAACCCAAGACGACCGGUUUAAUUGUUGGCGCGGGCGGAAUGGCUAGGUCGGCAGUAUACGCACUGUUACAACUUGGCGUCAAACACAUCUUCGUCUUCAAUCGGUCCACGGCCAAUGCUGAGAAGCUCAUUACACACUUCUCUCGGCUUGUUUCGAGCAACGACAGCACUCCCAACGGGUUGCAUGCCUCAACUACCACAUUCGCCGGCGCAGAGUUCCACCUGAUCAAGUCUCGGGAUGAGCAAUGGCCAGAAGCCUUCCGCCAGCCCACCAUCAUCGUAUCCUGCAUACCCAGCCAUAGCGUGGGAGACAACCCAGCUCCCAACUUCACCCUUCCUCCGCAGUGGCUCAAGAGCCCUACGGGAGGCGUUGUGCUCGAGGUGGCAUACAAAACCCUGACGACACCUUUACUCGACCAACUUAAAGCCGAGGCGCACAGAGGCUACGUUGCCAUGGAUGGCCUGGAUCUACUACCAGAGCAAGGAUAUGCGCAAUUCGAGCUGUUCACGGGCCGAAGAGCGCCGCGUCGGCUGAUGAGGACGGAGGUUUACCGCAGCUGGAAGGACGAGGAAGGCCAGACGGACCAUGCGACCCUUCAGACAAGGUUGGAGAACGCGACGGAGCAGGAACCUUAA